UCGAUUUCUAAUCUAUGGAUUUCAAGUAAUUGCGUAUCAUCAUUCAAGGUUUUUUCACCUGCUUAGAAAUCCAAUUUAGUCAUAUGUUUAUAAUUAUGUAUUUAGGUUUCUUGUUUGUGAAGCUCAAUUUUCGAUGGAUUUAAGCUCUGUAUGUAGCUAUUUUAACGGUUUGGGUUGAAUUUGGUUCUCCAUUUGUGCAUCUUCGUGUGUUUUCUGUAGUCAACUUGAAGAAAUUGAUAAGAUUUUAGUGUUUGAAGUUGCAUUUUAGUUUGAAUGAGCUCUGUGAGUCGAUAAGAUUUUGGGUUUUUUGUUGUUUGUGGAUGAAGAUGAUGAAUGUUCAUAUGUGAAUUUUGGUAAAUGUGUUUGAGAUAUUGAGAAGGAUUCAAGUAGCACUGACACAUUAUUGUAGAGUAGUAACAGAUUUUUGUAUAGUAAUUGCAUCAAUAAUUUGAUCUAAUGGAAAAUUUGAGCUCUAAGUUACAACUGAUGUAAUUUUGGGUCUUUUUUGUCAACCAUAAGCUAGCUUAUUUUUAAGCUUAUUGAAAAACCCCGUUUGGUUAGCCAUUUUUUUGAGCUUAUUGAAUAACCCCGUCUGGUUUGCCAUAUUUUUCAGCCUCUUGAAAAACCCCGAUUUGUCAGCCAUAUUUUUUAGCUUAUUGAAAAACCUGGUUUGGUUAGCCAUAUUUUUUAGCGUAUUGAAAAACCCUGUUUGGCUAGAAAUAAGCUAUCAUUUCAACAAGCACGAAGGCCUUUUUUCCAAUUAUGGCGGUUGUAUUUUUCCAAUUAAUUUUUCAACAUGUCUUUUUAGAUAACUUUACAUCGUCAUCUAGCUUAUGAGUUGGUUUUUACGGAACAUGAGUAGCUUAUCAACCAACAUCUAGCUUUUUAGCUAGUUUGCCAAACAUAGCCUUGGUGUUUGUGUUAGAAGGAAUAUUUUCUCUUUUCAGUAAACAGAGAAGUAUUUAUUUUUUCUGCAUGUUGCGGUGUUUUCUUUCUCUAGUUGCAAUACCCAUGGGGUUUUGGGUGAUUCCGUUUCUCGACUCUUGUACCCACUUAUAUUGUGUAAUGAUAUCUUCUUACCUUGUGGGUUUUUGUAGCUACUCGAUUGAGGAUUGUUAGAAGAUGGCAUCUAUCACUCCCUUGUCUUCCGUCGGGUCUUUUGCAUCUCCAAGCAGUAAAACGAAUAAGACAAUGACAAAUUCGUUCGAAACUUUGUCUUCAUUUUCUUCUGUAUCUUCAAGUUCUCUCGGACAUGGGAGGCGGAAUGUAGUUCUCCAGAAAAGAUGUUCUCUCAAGGUUAAGGCAAUGGCCAAAGAUAUCUAUCUUAACAAGGAUGGGUCUGCGAUUAAAAAGCUACAGGCUGGUGUCAAUAAGCUUGCAGAUUUAGUUGGAGUUACUUUGGGUCCAAAAGGGCGCAAUGUAGUGUUAGAGAGCAAGUAUGGUUCACCAAAAAUUGUGAAUGAUGGUGUAACCGUUGCAAAAGAGGUUGAAUUGGAAGAUCCCGUUGAGAACAUUGGUGCCAAGUUGGUGAGGCAAGCGGCUUCAAAAACAAAUGAUUUGGCUGGUGAUGGGACGACAACAUCUGUUGUUCUAGCACAAGGCUUGAUAACUGAGGGUGUAAAGGUGGUGGCAGCCGGUGCUAACCCGAUUCAGAUAACAAGGGGAAUUGAAAGAACCACUAAAGCCCUUGUUGAAGAGCUUAAGCUAAUGUCGAAAGAAGUUGAAGACAGUGAGCUGGCAGAUGUGGCUGCAGUAAGCGCAGGAAACAAUUACGAAAUUGGAAAUAUGAUUGCUGAGGCAAUGAGUAAGGUGGGGAGGAAAGGUGUAGUGACUCUUGAAGAAGGAAAAAGUGCUGAGAACAGUUUGUAUGUUGUGGAAGGCAUGCAAUUUGAUCGUGGUUACCUUUCUCCAUAUUUUGUUACCGACAGUGAAAAAAUGUCCGUUGAGUAUGAAAACUGCAAGUUGCUUCUGGUUGAUAAAAAGAUAACAAAUGCAAGGGACUUGGUUAGUGUUUUGGAAGAUGCUAUAAAGGGAGGAUACCCGAUAUUGAUUAUAGCAGAGGAUGUUGAGCAGGAAGCUCUUGCUACUCUAGUGGUAAACAAGCUACGAGGUGCCCUAAAGAUUGCCGCACUCAAGGCACCUGGAUUUGGUGAUCGCAAAAGUCAAUAUCUUGAUGAUAUUGCUAUUCUAACCGGAGGAACCGUAAUCAGAGAUGAGGUCGGCUUAACCCUCGAGAAUGCCGGGAGUGAGGUUUUAGGACUUGCCGCAAAGGUGGUGCUGACUAAGGAUACAACAACCAUUGUCGGCGAUGGCAGCACCCAAGAGUUGGUAAAUAGACGGGUUGCUCAGAUUAGAAACCUCGUUGAGGCUGCUGAACAAGACUACGAAAAAGAAAAACUAAAUGAAAGAAUUGCCAAACUAUCUGGCGGAGUCGCUGUUAUUCAAGUUGGGGCACAAACAGAGACGGAACUUAAAGAAAAGAAACUGAGAGUUGAGGAUGCGCUCAAUGCAACAAAGGCGGCAGUUGAGGAAGGGAUUGUAGUGGGGGGAGGAUGCACUCUAUUGCGCCUUGCUGCAAAGGUCGAUGCUAUCAAAAGUACCCUUGACAACGAUGAACAGAAAGUUGGAGCCGAAAUUGUUAGGAGGGCACUUGGCUAUCCAAUGAAGUUGAUAGCAAAGAAUGCUGGUGUUAAUGGAAGUGUCGUGAUUGAGAAGGUCUUAUCUAGUGACAAUCUCAAAUUUGGUUACAAUGCUGCAACCGGGACCUAUGAGGAUCUAAUGGCUGCUGGCAUUAUCGAUCCCACAAAGGUGGUGAGAUGUUGCUUGGAGCAUGCAUCAUCAGUUGCAAAGACCUUCCUUACAUCGGAUGCUGUGGUUGUUGAGAUCAAAGAGCCUGAACCCAUGCCCACUGGAAGCCCCAUGGAUAACUCGGGUUAUGGUUACUGAGACUCAUGAUCAUACGCUAGAACCUCAACCUGUGGUAGUAGUUCUUCGCUUUUCUUUUUAUUGCCGCAAGAAGUUGGGUAGAUGCUGAAUCUCCUUUUUAAGACCCUUUUCCCGUUAUAUCGAGUGGCGGUUAGGUUUGUUAAAUUUUGGCGGAUAUGGUUUCGAAAUUGUAUUGAAAUUGGGAAGCGUAUAUGAGUCGAUUCUUCCGAAAUAUGAUGUUGGUUCAGUCUAUGCAU